UCAGAGCCUCGUUGCUGUGACUGAUUUUUCAAUUUUCAAAUCCCUUUCUAUUAAGUUAAGUGUGGAAGAAAAGCACCUCUGUCAAAUGGAUUCAUCAUCAGCGGUUGGAGGAAAUUAUAAUUUGAUAGUCAUGUAAAUCAGGCAGAACCCGGACAGAGGAGAAGGAGCGUGACAGCGUCUGGUGUGAAGUUCCUGCAAAUAGAUCGAUCGGGAUUGUGGAGGAUUUACAUUACGCCUGUUUUACGCUUGUUUUGGCUUCAUUAACCGCCCGCUUUCUGUGCGCUUCCCCUCCAGGGCAACCAAGAGGCCCCGGCUCCCCCUGAAGCCAUGGCCCAGCCCUUCCCGCCGGCCCAGUACCCCCCUCCGCCGCAGAACGGGAUCCCCGCGGAGUACGCCGCGCCGCACACCCACCCCGCCAGCGACUACACGGGCCCCAGCGCGGUGGCCGAGCACGCCCUGACGCUGUACGCGGCCACGCACACGCAGAGCGAGCAGCCGGGCAGCGACAGCAGCACCGCCCUCACAGCCAGCACAGUAACACAAGCGGAGGAGGUUGUGCAGACAGAGAGCUCCCAGCAGCACCUCCUGCAGCCCAGCGAUUCAUCUGAGAAGCAGCAGCCCAAGAGAUUACAUGUGUCCAACAUACCUUUCCGCUUCCGAGACCCUGACCUUCGUCAAAUGUUUGGGCAAUUUGGCAAGAUUUUAGACGUGGAGAUUAUUUUUAACGAGCGAGGCUCCAAGGGCUUUGGGUUUGUAACAUUUGAAACGAGCGCAGACGCUGACCGUGCGCGGGAGAAACUAAAUGGUACAAUCGUAGAGGGACGCAAAAUAGAGGUCAACAAUGCCACAGCGAGAGUGAUGACCAACAAGAAAGUAGCAAACCCUUACACAAACGGCUGGAAGCUCAAUCCAGUGGUUGGAGCUGUGUACAGUCCAGAAUUUUAUGCAGUGACAGGUUUUCCGUACCCCAGUGCAGGCGCAGCCGUGACCUACAGAGGGGCCCAGUUGAGAGGGAGGGGUCGGACGGUCUACAACACGUUCCGCGCCGCGCCUCCUCCGCCACCGCUCCCUGCGUAUGGAGCUGUGGUUUACCAAGAUGGCUUCUAUGGAACAGAAAUAUAUGGAGGAUAUGCAGCUUACAGAUAUGGCCAGCCAGCUAGUACUGCAGCAGCUGCAUACAGCGAUAGUUAUGGCAGAGUCUAUGCAACAGCGGAUCCAUAUCAUCACACGAUCGGUCCUACAGCCACAUACAGCGUGGGCACUAUGUAAAUAAACGAAUCACUAGCGGGACAUCAGCUAAAAAAAGAGAGCAUGGACACAGAAGGACAGAAAAAAGAGCAACUGACACAAAAAGAGCAGAUUUGCAAAAGGAGCCUUUCGCGGUGUGACAGGAGGCGAGGAGGACACUUACUGUAUGGAGCUCCGAGGCCGGAGCUUCUAGUCCACGGGGACAAGUCCCUUCUGGCUCUAACCCCUAAAAACCAGGCCUUGCUGACUGAAGGAGAACAAUUAGACAGAUCAUCAUAAAAACAUUUUAUUUUUGUAUACUUUUUUAAGUUUAUGAUAUCCAAAAAAAGCUAACUAAUGUAUGUAUAUACAUAUUAUAUGUGUGUAAUAUAGUAUGUAUGUUUAACAAAAAAGGAAAAUUGUUAUUGCAAUGUAGAAGAAGGAGGUAAAUGAUGCCUUCUUCUGCUUCGUCCUUUGAUUGUCCACCUCCCUCCCCCAUCGCCCCCUGCUGGAUGGGGCAGGAGCCAUGGGGAGUGGGCAGAGCAGGGGGAACAGGUCCAACAGACAUGUCACUAUGUGAUUGUUAUGGGAAAACGGAGCAGUCUUUAUUUGAAGCGUUUCGAGCCUGUCUUCCACUAACUGACUGCGGUAGUGUAGUUUCUACUUUUCUGGUUAGUUUUGUCAAGUAGUCAGCAUUUUGUGGAUUCCAGAAAAAAAAGAAGCAUAUGAAUAAAAUACAUAUUCUUACAUUUGUCUGUGCAAAUAGAACUAAGAGGGAUGGAAUUAAACCUUUCUAUUUGUAUGGAUCUCUACUUUAGUGGCAUCCUUCUGUAUUCAAACAUUGUACUAAUAACAUGCUGUCAGGUAUGGAUGGAGAGUCAGUUGUAGCCAUUUACUAAUGUUGUAUUUAUUGUAUUACCAGUAAAAAACAUUUAUAUAUAAAUAUAGAUAUAUCUAUUUGUGGUCUGCAAUUCUUGCCCUUAGUUUUUAAUUGUCAUGCAGGAUCCAAUGCACUGUCAAUGUUUGUUCAGUUUUCUACUUGUGUGAAGUUCUGUUGACAUUUCUAUGGUUUUGUUUUUCUUUAGUUCAGCUACUGAAUGUAACUUCGAAAACUCUUAAACUUUUUAGGUAGAUGUUUUUAUAUACAUACAGUAAUCUGUAAAUUAUAAACAUGUAGAUGAUAUAGCAAAAUGUUUCUGACAAUAUGCUGGACUUCUUCUUCUUCUGAUGACCCAAACAGACUGUAAUGCCUUGGCCAGACGAGAAGAAAAGAGAGGAAGGAAAUGAGAAAAAAAAUGGAGGCGGACGAGGGAAGCAUUUAAAAAUAACACCAGUUCUCUGCAGCCUUAGGGAUCUGGAGGGAGAGACUUCAAUGUAAAUGCUACGGGAUCAGUCCCAAUCUUUGUCAGCCAGGGGUUUGAAAAAUGUAUAAACGCAAGGAGACGUGGCGCAGAAAAAGACGGGGAAAGUAAAUAUAUUUCAAAUGGCGGAAAUAACAGACACUUCCAUUUGUCUCUGAGAACAGACGCUGGGUCUCCACUGUAGAGCUUCCUACUGCAGGUCAAAACCACGGAGAGUCUGAUCUACCUUCUUUACCUCUUGUGACGUGUGUGCGGAUUCAGAAUAUUAUAAAUCCUGUCCCAUGAUCAUUCUUUAAUGUGAAAAACAAAAUGUGACAUUGUUAUUGUCUGUGUUCAAUGUGUAAUAUUACAAUGUGUUCCACUCACUGGCAUUUUAUUAGGUUCACCUGCUAUUGGGGAGGUUUCAUUAUGUGGUGGCACAUGAAACACUCCAAUGUGAGUUCACAAUAAUAACCAGUAAGAAUGAGACGAUGGACGUGUAAAACAGUCCCAUUAAUAGCAGGGUUGUCAUGUUGAACGGACUUAGACUGUGCAGACGUACCUAAUAAAGUGGCCGGUGAGUGUUUAUCAUUUCAGAUCGUACAUAUAUGCAAGUGUCAUGCGAGAGGAUACGAACCUUCAAAACUUUGUAGUCACUUAGAAAUUCGUUUUUGACAGAAAAUCGGAUUUUCGAAGAAUCAAUAUAUUAAAGAGAUCCAGUGUAAAGCUUGUUAAUACUGUCUUCUAAUGAAAGCCAGUGUUCAGAUAGCAGUCAAUGAAAGAAGUGCCAACUGUGUUGAUGCUUCCGUUGGCUCAGCUCAGAUGUGUGUAGGAGUACAGACAGCUGUCUUUUUAACCAAUGAAAUCCCUUCAUUUGUUGUGUGUGAUAUAUUGAAAUGAUCCUAGUUGACUGUAUGUUGGAGCCCUUCGUAUGAGGCAGUGGGUCAUGACCAGAUGUUUACUCCUCAUCAUCGUCUUUAUUCUUUCUUGUCCAGUUUAUCUUUGCAAACAAACUUGGACUCUCGUGUUAUUCUUUUGACGACUGUGGCUCAGUGUGAGGCCUUUCAGUCGUACAUCCCAGGUUUGCAAAUGCAUUUAUUUCUCUCUCAGCUGAGCGUGUGCGGCCGGCGGCUUUGUUUUCAGUGUCGUGGACGAACCCCUGGAGGAACGUCUUAAAGCAUCACAGACUGGGACUGAACCACUGCGGGUGCAUCCUGCGGACGGACUUUUUUUUUUUGAAAAACUCUCUCCACCCCAUCGCUCGGCAGAAGAACUCCCUGCGGUGGGAUGAACUAACGGAUACAAAACGGACUGGUUGCAUAAACACGGCGGGAGAAACCCAAGCGAGACUUUAUGGACAACAAACAAAAAAUGAAAAGCAACUAACGAUGUCAAUCUUCGGAGAUUCAGGACCCCUCUGAUCUCUGACAUGUUCUUUUGAUUCUGAUUUCCCCCCCGCUCUUUCACUUAAUAGUUAAGACUUUUGUCCUGUUUACAUGUACUGUAAGUGCUCUCUAUCCAUCACCCACUGGAGAGAUUAAACGGUGUGAAGCAGCAUUCAUUCUAGCUCUGGUAUUCUCUAUGGCUGAUUACUGUACCCUUCUGUUUAAGCCAGCAUGCUGUCCUUACUGUGACCCCCGAGGCCUCCCACCUCCCAUCCACAUCCUCUCCAAGAAACCCCUGCCUUAAAUUAAACAAAAACACCCAUAGAAAAACUAGGGCAUCGAACCUUUACCUGCAUUACAGUACACAGACUCAAUGUUCCCUACGCUUCCUACCAAAACAGUCAGUAUGUGUGUUUUCCUCUUUGUAAGCGGCCUGGUAGCUCAGUUGGUAGAGGGUCGACCUCGGAAGGCAAAAGGUCUGCGGUUCGAUCCCCCGCCUCGGCAUCAGGUGUGUCCCUGAGCAAGACACUUCGCGCUAGCUCCCCGAGCGCCGCUCAUGUGGCAGCUCACUGUUCCCCCAAGGGGGAUGGGUCAAAUGCAGAGAAUGAAUUUCCCCACUGUGGGACUAUUAAGGGUUAAUUUCUUCUUCUUCUUUUCUUUCUUAUUGUGUAUACCUCAGAUAAAAGUCCAAAAGCAGCUAAUAUUAUCUGACACUUCCUGGCAACCAGACCCUCCAUCCUCCACUCCCAGUCUAUAGCCUAUAGAGCCUGACUACAGCUACAGUUCAGCCAAAACCACACCUACCUCCACCAUAAAGGCCACAGUAUACUUGCUGCAGAGACAGUUUGUGUGUGGGCUCGACCUAAAGGCUGCAUAUGAACGCUUCCCACCUCUGAUUAUGCAUUAUCAGCUUAAAGCUCACGCCACAGCGGUACAUUUCCUUAAAUGGUAAUAUAGAUCAUUGCAGUUAUUGUAUUUCUUUAAGUAAAGUUCUGGUAAACAGUGUGAAGUGAGGCUACAAAUGCAGUUCUUUCUUCCAAAUUGGUUUUUAAGUCAACGCAAAUUAAUUUACUUGUUGGUUAUGAUGAUGUGUUCAUUUCCUUUGAGAUCUGUCUCAGUGAGCACAAACGUAAAGACUAUGCAUCAAGCAUAAAUGUUGAAAAACAUUUAAAUAUUUAUAAUUGAUUUAUACAUAUAUAUGUGUAUAAGCUGCACUAUCAGCCUGUGUGGAAACAGGAACAAGUGGGCGAGACGUUCUGCCUUCAAACAAGGCGUGAACAUGUGGGAAGCUACAGGCUGCAACAGCUGGAUGUGGAGCAUUGUUGUGAUGAUGGAAGAGCCAGUCUUUCCUGCUUCCAGUUGUUUUCAGCUCAUCUGAGCUUCCCAAAACUUGGUCCAUUCGGAUGUUCUGACGCUUGCAAUUAAGUAUACUGUUACCUUUAAAACCCAUGUCAUUCCCCAAACCUCAGCAGCCUCCCUGUCCUAUGCAGAUCCCGAAGCAAAAACGUCUGAAUGCUGAUUAUUGAGUAAAAACUGAAAGAAAAACUGAAUUCUUCCAUUCUGUUUGUAUUUGUGGGCUUUUUUUGUCUCAUUCGUCAGGUUGUGGGUCCAGUGUUGCUUUAUUCUUUAUGUAUCCUCCCUUCUUCUUCCUGAUCAGUAGUGGAACAUUGUAUUACUGUACAUUACACAAACAAAGAGAUCCUGAUGUCUAAUUGCAGCUUCACUUAAUCAAAUAGUUUUUUUGUUUGUUGUUUUUGUUUUGUUCUAGGUAUUAUUAGAUUUUUACCUGGUUAUUAUUUAUGUAUGCUCUCAAUCUGCUUCAUCAAAUAUGGUUUAUUGUAUA